UUUUAUAAUCCUUACGUCACUUGUCUUCAAAAGAAAUACACUUUAAUGCAUGUGCGUACCUUUAAUAUUAUUUUUUAUAUUUUUUUCAACAUGUCCCUUCAGUGCAUGUCAAGAUCAUGGCUGCCAAGGAUAUUGACUUGCUUUAGAUCUUAUACCACUUUACCCGAGAAAGAACAAUUAUCCCAUGUAUCCAAUCGACUCCUAAAUCAUCUGCACCAUAAUCGAUUACAACAGGCUCAUGUGAUGCUCCUGAAACAGACCAUUCCUUUGCCUGUUCAUUUUUACAAUUUUGUGCUCAAAGGCUAUGCAAAGAACUUUCAGCGACCUAACAAACUAGAAAAGUCACUAGAGAUCCUUCAGUUGAUGAAAGAGCGAGGAAUUGAACCUAGCAGUCAGAGCUACAUACAAUUGAUCAUGGGUCUAGCGCAAAAAGGAACACGAUUAACAAAAGAACAGGCAGAUCUGAUGCAGACAUGGUUUGAUGAAUUCGUUCGUAUUGAAUCAGGUUCAGCAAGUGUCAAGAAACCAUUUGCAAAAUUCAAAAAAUUGAUGCGGUGUAUCUAUUACCGAGGUCAUCCUAAUCUCAAGGGCAUGUUCUACCACUUUCUUGACACAUUCCGCGAGCACAAAUUGGAUGAUAGCGAGACAUGGAAUCUGGCAAUUGUAGGAUGCAUCAGGUGGGGAAACAUAGAAGACGCUGAGGAUAUUCUGAAACGUGCACGUGAAGAAAAGGUAGCAAAUUCAACAAGCUUUCAAGUCAUCAUCAAAGCACAUCUAAACCAAGGAAAUCGACGGUCGGCAAGUAUGAUAUUUAGGCUGUUGUUAAAAGAUGAAAUCUUGGCCGAUAGAGAAACAUACGAGAUGUUUAUUAAAUACUACCUAAGACAAAAGAGCUCAACAGAGAUGAUAAAACGGCUUUGGCAGGGUGUCCUGAUGACUACACAACCAGGGGAUGUCAUACAACCAAACACUGUAAUAAAGCUAACCCAAUAUUAUCGAGAGCAUGAUGCUCUGACAGAGGCAGAGCAAGUCUAUUUGGAUUUGAAGUUGAAACAGCAGACACUCACGACAGCUUAUAUUGAACAAGUCAGUUGGCUUAUGGCAGAAUUCGCAGACAGGAAGCAAUUCAAUUCAACUGUUUCACUCUAUCUUGAUAUGGUCGGUAGUGGGUAUAAACCCGAUAGAGAAGCAGUAGAUCGUAUGUUGAGUGCUCUUCAGGAUAAUAACCGGUUUGAUCUUAUACAGCAAAUCAUGAGUGUUACAACACCUGUGCUGUCAGAUGACAAUAAAGACUAGCUUUUAAAUACAAAUGAAAGCAUUAUUUUGACAGUGUGCAAUUACCAUAAAAG